AGAGGAAAGCGCCAAGAUACAUUUCUUUAGUUUCUGGAAACAAAAAUUGGGCAGACUCCGCUUCCAGCUACGAUCUAGCGGCCGGGAUUUCCAACGCUCCGGGCCCAGAGUUUCGCGCGGACCCCCCCUGAAGGGCCCCCAGCUCCGCCAAAGCCGCGCCCAAGGGGCCGUCGUUACCCCCUAGAAAGGCCCUCCGCCGGCUCCGCCUUUGCCCGCCCAGGCCCCGCCCCGGCCGCGCGCUGUCCUGCUCUGCUCGCGGACUCACUUGGGCGAGCGAGCGGCAGCGCUCGGCCUUGUGGCAGGCGGCGGAGGCCGGCGAGGGCGCCGGAGCCGCGGGUAGCGGCGGGGCGCAGGGAGGCGCGCACGGGGCCUCGGACUGUGCGGCGUUGGCCGCUGCGGGCGCCGCUGAGCGCUCUUACCCUCAGUCGCGCAACUUCGAAGCCAGGACGCGGGAGCCAACGGAGCGCUCGAGCCCCGGAGCCUGAGGAGCGCAGAGAGGGGCACGCCGGAGCCUGGCCGGAGAGCGGGCGCCGGGUACCCAUAGCGUUCCGAGCGCCGGGCAGCCCUCUGCGAAGCGUGGCUGCCUCUGCCCCCACGGAGGGCACGGGCUGGCGCGGCCGGGCGCCGGGGAGGACGGCGAGGAGGAGGCGGCGGCGGCGGAGACGGCGGCGGCGAGGCUGGGGCCAGGGAGAGAGCCCUGGGGGAGAGGCGCCCGAGCCGGGCCGCGGGAGCAUGUGGGCCCGGAGCGGAGCGCGGGGCGCGCUACUGCUGACACUCCUGCUCUGCUGGGACCUGAGGCUGAGCCAAGCAGGCACUGAUUCUGGCAGCGAGGUGCUCCCAGACUCCUUCCCGUCGGCGCCGGCAGAGCCGCUGCCCCACUUCCUGCGGGAGCCGCAGGACGCCUACAUCGUGAAGAACAAGCCGGUGGAGCUGCGCUGCCGUGCCUUCCCCGCCACGCAGAUCUACUUCAAGUGCAACGGCGAGUGGGUCAGCCAGAACGACCACGUCACGCAGGAGAGCCUGGACGAGGCCACCGGCCUGCAGGUGCGAGAGGUGCAGAUCGAGGUGUUGCGGCAGCAGGUGGAGGAGCUGUUUGGGCUGGAAGAUUACUGGUGCCAGUGCGUGGCCUGGAGCUCUGCGGGCACCACCAAGAGUCGCCGGGCCUAUGUCCGCAUUGCAUACCUGCGCAAGAACUUCGAUCAGGAGCCCCUGGGCAAGGAAGUGCCCCUGGACCAUGAAGUUCUCCUGCAAUGCCGCCCACCAGAGGGGGUGCCUGUGGCUGAGGUGGAAUGGCUCAAGAACGAGGACGUCAUCGACCCCACCCAGGACACCAACUUCCUGCUCACCAUCGACCACAACCUCAUCAUCCGUCAGGCUCGCCUGUCAGAUACGGCCAACUACACCUGCGUGGCCAAGAAUAUCGUGGCCAAGCGCCGCAGCACCACCGCCACCAUCAUUGUCUACGUGAACGGCGGCUGGUCCAGCUGGGCCGAGUGGUCACCCUGCUCCAACCGCUGUGGCCGCGGCUGGCAGAAGCGCACACGGACCUGCACCAACCCCGCCCCACUCAAUGGAGGUGCCUUCUGUGAGGGCCAGGCCUUCCAGAAGACUGCCUGCACCACCGUGUGCCCAGUCGAUGGCGCGUGGACAGAGUGGAGCAAGUGGUCGGCCUGUAGCACCGAGUGUGCGCACUGGCGCAGCCGCGAAUGCAUGGCGCCCCCUCCCCAGAACGGAGGCCGGGACUGCAGCGGGACCCUGCUUGACUCCAAGAAUUGCACCGACGGGCUGUGCGUGCAGAAUAAGAAAACUCUAAGUGACCCCAAAAGCCACCUUCUGGAGUCCUCGGGGGAUGUGGCGCUGUACGCAGGCCUUGUGGUGUCCAUCUUCGUGGUGGUGACCGUCCUUGUGGUGGUAGGGGUGGUCGUGUACCGCCGCAACUGCCGGGACUUCGACACCGACAUCACCGACUCGUCCGCCGCCCUCACUGGCGGCUUCCACCCAGUCAACUUUAAGACUGCGAGGCCCAACAACCCGCAGCUCCUGCACCCAUCUGUGCCUCCGGACCUCACUGCCAGUGCGGGCAUCUACCGCGGACCCAUGUACGCCCUGCAGGACUCGGUCGACAAGAUCCCAAUGACCAACUCGCCCCUGCUGGACUCCCUGCCCAACCUCAAGAUCAAGGUCUACAACUCUAGCACCACCAGCUCUGGGCCAGGCCUGGCAGACGGGGCUGAGCUGCUGGGAGUCCUGCCACCCGGCACGUACCCUGGUGAUUUUGCCCGGGAUGCCCACUUCCUGCACCUGCGCAGUGCCAGCCUCGGCUCCCAGCAGCUCCUGGGCAUGCCCCGUGACCCGGGGAGCAGUGUCAGCGGCACCUUUGGCUGCCUGGGCGGGAGGCUCAGCAUCCCUGACACAGGGGUCAGCCUGCUGGUGCCCAAUGGAGCCAUUCCCCAGGGCAAGUUCUACGAGAUAUACCUCCUCAUCAACAAGGCAGAAAACACCCUCCCGCUUUCAGAAGGGACCCAGACAGUAUUGAGCCCUUCGGUGACCUGCGGGCCCACGGGCCUCCUGCUGUGCCGCCCCGUCAUCCUCACAGUGCCACACUGCGCUGAAGUCAGUGCCGGUGACUGGAUCUUCCAGCUCAAGACCCAGGCCCACCAGGGCCACUGGGAGGAGGUGGUCACCCUGGAUGAGGAGACCCUUAACACCCCCUGCUACUGCCAGCUGGAGGCCAGGUCCUGCCACAUCCUGUUGGACCAGCUGGGCACCUACGUCUUCACGGGUGAGUCGUACUCUCGCUUGGCAGUCAAGCGGCUCCAGCUGGCCAUCUUCGCCCCCGCCCUCUGCACCUCUCUGGAGUACAGCCUCAGGGUCUACUGCCUGGAGGACACGCCCGUAGCACUGAAGGAGGUGCUGGAGCUGGAGCGGACCCUGGGUGGCUACCUAGUGGAGGAGCCAAAACCCCUGCUGUUUAAGGACAGUUACCAUAACCUGCGCCUCUCCCUCCACGACCUGCCCCACGCCCACUGGAGGAGCAAGCUGCUGGCCAAGUACCAGGAGAUCCCCUUCUAUCACAUUUGGAGUGGCAGCCAGAAGGCCCUGCACUGCACCUUCACCCUGGAGAGGCAUAGCCUGGCCUCCACGGAGCUCACCUGCAAGAUCUGCGUGCGACAGGUGGAGGGAGAGGGCCAGAUAUUCCAGCUGCACACCACGCUGGCAGAGACGCCUGCCGGCUCCCUGGACGCCCUCUGCUCCGCCCCCAGCAGUGCAGUCACCACCCAGCUGGGACCCUACGCCUUCAAGAUCCCCGUUUCCAUCCGCCAGAAGAUAUGCAACAGCCUGGACGCCCCUAACUCGCGCGGCAAUGACUGGCGGUUGUUGGCGCAGAAGCUCUCCAUGGACCGGUACCUGAACUACUUUGCCACAAAAGCGAGCCCCACGGGUGUGAUCCUCGACCUCUGGGAAGCUCUGCAGCAGGACGACGGGGACCUCAACAGCCUGGCGAGUGCCUUGGAGGAGAUGGGCAAGAGCGAGAUGCUGGUGGCCAUGGCCACCGACGGGGACUGCUGAGCUGCCCCAAACCCUCAGGCUGUUAGGGACCAGCAGGCGGCUGGCACAGGCAGACCCAGGGCAACCUCCUGUGGGGCAGUUGGGCCUCCUCUGCUCCCGAGCUCACAGCCAGAAUCGCCCUUCCUCCUCCUCCUCCCCUUGCCCCCCCGACCCAGACCACGACCAGCCUUAGGAAAUCCAUGGACGUUGUUGUUGGGAGGACCCAGCGGUCCUUCUCCACCUCCUGCUGUCUCUCCUGACCUCAGACCGCUGUGCAGGAACCGGGGUGGGGAUGGGGCCUCUGGAGGCAGCUAGGGGAGCAAGGAGGUGGCCCUCCCACCCUGUGCCCCAGGGUCUCUGGGGUGCAUCUGUUUUAGUUGUGCUCUUCAUUUUCUUCCUCAGCUAUUGGUUUCUCCCUCCUCCCUAAGCCCCUUUCUCCUUUCACACUGUUUUCCUCUUUGAAGAGUCAAGUACAGUUCAGACAAACUGCUUUCUCCUGUCCACAAGCAAAAAGGAAGAGGAAAGAAAGAAGGAAAGAAAGAAAGCUUCAGACUGCUAGUAAGGCUCAAACAAAGAAGAAAAACACCAAAACCACAAGGGAAAAGAAAACCCAGUUUCUUAGGAAACGCAAAUGAUUUAUUAUCCAGAUAUUUGGAUAAGUCCUUUUUAAGAAAAAAAAAGAAAAACAAAAUGAAAAAACAACACAAAAAAAAUAGAAAACACUUUUCUUGAGUAUGGGUGAGUGUGGGCAUGCUCGUGGUUCUGGCCAGGAGCGUGUGUGUGUGUGUGUGUGUGUGUGUGUGUGUGUGUGUGAGAAUCAGGGAGAGAGAGACUGAAUAGGGAACACUUUGCUGCUAAUGAUUUUAUCUUAGACUGAAUUCUUACAAGGCCUCAGCUUCCACAGUUCUACAGGGUCAGAUGAGGUUUGAGCUGUGGUCCCAUGUUUCUUUCUAAAAUCUUAAGCAGAUGCUGAAUCAGUAAAGCCAAGGAGCCCUGAGAUCUGGCUUGGGAUGGGGUCCUGCCUCCCUCUCACAGCCCCAGGCAGGUGCUCCAAGUCUCAUCUGGGCUCCCAGGAAUCCAGAUGAAGAGGCCCUGGGAUGGAAAGUGUGGGCGGGCCAGCCCAGCUGUGAGCCAGGGAGAAUUUCCAGUACUGUGGUCUGGUGGCUUCUGGAGAGGGGCCAUGGCCCAGAAGCGGGACCCUAACAGAGAGAGAGAAGUCAGGGAUGAGAAUCCCCCAUGGACAGGACACAUCUCUCUCCCGCAUCCCAGGGUGGGGCCAGCCAGGACACGCCCACCCAGCAGCCUCUGGACCAGGUGGGCUGGAGCAGGUGGGUGUUCUCUUAAUGCCCGGGAUCUGCCCUUUCCCAAGCUUGGUUACUUCUGUAAAACAGAAGGGGUGGAUAAGAGGGCCUCUCCAGCUGCAGAAGCCUGAGCUUCUGGGGUCAGUGUGGCUUUGAGGAACAUGUUAGCAGCCGUCCCUGCGGGUGGCGUGGGAGGCUGGGAGGUGGCUGCUCGGCUGUGCUUUACACACUGGCCCGGGGUGGAGGAGGCAGGGUGGAGGGCUAUUUUCCCAGCUCUGAUCUCCACAGGCACCCCCUGUCACCCUCCCUCCACAGUCUGACAGAGUCUGAAGGAAGCUUUGACAGGCAGCAUUCCAGGGUGGAGGGCCUGGCACCCCCUCUCCAGCCUGUUCCAGGAUGUUCCAAGGGGCCAUCAGGGUCCCUUUUUGGCCAUCUGGUGAUGGCUGGAACCAGAAUCUUGAGCUGGCACAGAGGCCACAUCAAAGGCUUCUCCUCCUUGGCACCCGAGCCAAAGCAAGUGCCACCUCUGGGCAUUGACCCCAGGGCUUUGCCCCAGCAGGUCCAUGAGCAUCCUGGCCUUUAUGACCCCAGGGCUUGCCCCAGCAGGUCCAUGAGCAUCCUGGCCUUUAUGACCCCAGGGCUUGCCCGAGCAGGUCCAUGAGCAUCCUGGCCUUUAAAGGUCUGGUCUCCUGGGAGGAAGGCAGGUUUGGGGGCUGUAGUCCCAACCAAUGUCCCCAGCCUGGCUUUCCUGCCAUGCACCAGGGAGCUUAUGGGGAUAGUGGGAUUCUUACCACCCACCAGCCCCCCGGGCAAUGGGUUGGCUGUGGGCAGUCAAGGGCCUGCUGGGUUUGAGAGAGAGGGUUCCUUUUUAUCAGGGCUGCUGAAGGGGCCAGGCCUGCAUCGGGCUUGGGCCCCUGAGGCUGAGACCAUGGCUCUUCAUUACCCCAGUGCCUGUGUGGACGUGGCCUCAGACAAAGGCAGUGAGCCUUCCCUGCCAAAGGUGCCUGUCCACUACAGGCUCAGCAUCCUGGCUCGCUCCUAGUCUGAACUGUGUGGGCCUGUGUGGUAGCUCGAGGGCAGCCUGGAGUCAGCGUUCAAGCUCCAGCUUUGCCAUUAAACCUCUGUGUGACUUCAGGCAUAUGACUGCCUUCUUGGGGCCUCUGUUCCUUUUUCUACCAAGGCCCCACAGCUGCUGUCUGAGGACUUUGGGGCUCUGAUACGUCACUCUAGUCUCCUGAUGGGAACGCUAGUGGGUAGAAGUUGACGGUGGUCGGCCAUGUCCCGCCUCCGUGCCCCACCCUCAGAAGCGAGCUGCUUCCUCAGUGCCCAGGACGGGAGCUCUUGGUGGGUGAGGCCGGGCCAGCCCCCCAGGUGCCAUUUCUAAUCGGAUUCCCAGAAAUUGUGUACCAGGGCCUGGAGCACGGAACCAAUUGGCUGAAGCCUCCUGGGAGGGUUCAAGCUGUCCAGCUUUAUAAGAAAAGCCUGGAAAGGAUUUGCUGGCUCCAUCAAUCUGCCACGGCUGCUGUGACUACGUCUGCAGACUGCCCGCCUCAGGGUGCGAUGGACGUUCCUCCGCUUAUUCGAGCCUGAGAGGCAGCCCCACACAGCCGAGUACCUUGAGAACUGCAGAUUAAGUGCCACUGCAGGAAUGCAGGGCCCUCGCGCGCUGUUGACGUCUCUCUCAUCUCUGUGGUGUGUUUGCGCGUGUGUGCGUGUGGCGGGGGGGGCUUUUAUCCGCGGGCACAUUAGCGUGCCUCUCCGGGAACGUGACCCCACCUGUGUGUACAUGUGUGCCCUCCUUGCGUCCAGGCUGGGCCAUCUGGAGGUUGGUGUGCCUGGUUUUGCCCUCUCUGAGUCCACAGGGUCAGUCGGUGUAUCUUCUAUGUGCCUCUCCCUCGGCCUUCCCUCGCAGUGCCCUGGGCUCCAGGGGGAUCCUCCCCACUCCUGGAAGAUCCAGGACCCUCUGGUCCCUUUUCGCCAGCAACCAGGCAGCUGAGCCAGGUCCCUUAGCAGGCCCUCUGAGGAGAGGUGACCAAGAGCCUGGGUGCAGGGAGCAGCUGUCCUGUGGGCCAGGGGCUGGACCACUCGCCUGGGCCAUGGACAUGGUUCUAUGCUCGGGGCUGCAGGGCUGCAGGGAUGGCCCCAAUCCCACCUCUGUUUAUUCUGUAAA